CCAACACUUCGCAUGGUGACUGCUGUAACUACGAGAGGUCGAAAGAAGGAUGGUGUUAUAGAUCCGCAUGGUCAAAAGGUGACAUCGUACCACGUCUACUACAGUACUGACUGCAUGACAUUUUAUCCGUACAAAAAUUCCACCAAUGGACAAAUCAUGAACUUUCAAGCUAACACUGGCGUCAGCUCAGACUUGGUAACCAAUGUUCUGCCGUGUCCAGUUGCUGCCCUUUGUGUGCGAGUGAACCCUCGGUCCUGGUUUAUCCACAUAUCGAUGCAGUUUGACGUCAAAGGUUGUCUGACAUCUGACGUGCUCUAGACGUACGUUAUAUACUUGUAUACGUAGCAUUGAUGAUGUUGUUACUCGUGUUCCUUCUGAUUCAAAAACUGAAUUCUUUAAAGGGACGAUUCAGAUGAUUACUUGGUAAAUGAUAAAUAUAUUGUGAUACAAUAGCGGAACAUUACUCUAAAUUAAAAAAAUAAAUAUGUUUGCUUUUGUGAGUCUCUAUGUUUUUGUUUUGUAUAAAAUAAAUACUAACAAUGGAUA